AGAAGGGGCGGAACGCUGCGCUCCAGCACUUCCGCGAAGAUGGCGGCGGCUGGGGGGCCGGGCGCCCGGCUGGUGGCUUGGGGCGCGAGACUGCGGCGCGGACUUGCGGCCAGCCGACGGGCCAUGCCGAGCCCAGGCCCCUUGGCAGCUGCAGUCGCCGGCGUGGCCCUGGCAGGGGCAGGAGCGGCCUGGCAGCACGCCCGCGUGAACGUCGCGGCACGCGAAGGCAGCCUCGCUGCCUCCGUACAGAAAAAUGUUGACUUUGGAGCAGUUGAGAAACUUUCUCUUCGUAAGCAGCGUUUCAUGCAGUUUUCUUCACUGGAACAUGAAGGAGAAUAUUACAUGACACCACGAGACUUUCUCUUUUCAGUAAUGUUUGAGCAAAUGGAACGUAAAACUUCAGUCAAGAAGCUGGCAAAGAAGGAUAUCCAGGAUGUCCUGGCAGGAAUCCCAAAGGCCAGUUGUGGAUCAACCUUUUUUAGAGACCUUGGAGAUAGAGGGCUGAUUUCAUAUACUGAGUAUCUUUUCUUGCUUACAAUCCUCACUAAACCCCAUACUGGUUUUCAUGUGGCUUUUAAAAUGUUAGAUACAGAUGGCAAUGAAAUGAUUGAGAAAAAGGAGUUUUUUAAGCUACAGAAAAUCAUAAGCAAACAAGAUGACUUCAAGAUAAUGAAAACUAAUGAAAGACAAUGUCAGGAUCAAACAAUGACAGAAUCUGAAAUUAACACAACCCUUCAGAUGCAUUUCUUUGGAAAAAGAGGUGAAAGAAAACUUCAUUACAAAGAAUUUCGAAGAUUUAUGGAAAAUUUACAAGCAGAAGUUCAAGAAAUGGAAUUCAUUCAGUUUUCUAAAGGUUUGAAUUUCAUGAGGAAAGAAGACUUUGCAGAAUGGCUACUUUUUUUCACUAACACUGAAAAUAAAGACAUUUAUUGGAAAAAUGUGAGAGAGAAGUUGUCAGCAGGAGAGAGCAUUAGUUUGGAUGAGUUCAAGUCAUUUUGCCAUUUUACAACCCACUUGGAAGACUUUGCUAUUGCCAUGCAGAUGUUUAGCUUAGCUCAUCGACCUGUCAGACUAGCAGAGUUUAAGAGAGCUGUGAAGGUAGCUACAGGACAAGAGCUUUCAAACAAUAUUUUGGACACUGUCUUCAAGAUCUUUGAUUUGGACGGUGAUGAGUGCCUGAGCCAUGAAGAGUUUCUUGGGGUGUUAAAAAACAGGAUGCACCGAGGAUUAUGGGUGCCACAACAGCAGAGUGUACAAGAAUACUGGAAGUGUGUGAAAAAAGAAAGCAUCAAAGGUGUAAAAGAACUCUGGAAAAAGGCAGGGAGAGACCUUUUUUAAAAAGAGAUAACAAAGCAAUUAUGUUGUUCCAAAUGUCAGGAUUUGAGAUUUUUUCCAAAGCUCUAGCUGCUUUUUAUUCUUUAGUCCUCAUUGAUUUCCUCUGUAAUAUAAAAACACCAUGUGCCUUCUUUCUGAGUCAAGGAUUUCUCAACAUGUUUUCAUUGAAGACCUUAGUAGAAAGAAAAGGAACUACAGUACUAUUGUCCAAAGACACACGUUGGAUUCUUUCAGAAGCCUAAAUUCUAAGUAAUGUUUUGUUCUUGAUAAGACAGAAAGCCUGUUAUUCACUGAGUUCUUAGAAGAGCAUGAUUUGCUUUCUGGGAAAGUAGUGUUCUCUUCAGCAUAUACUAAAAUUGGAAAAGUAAACAAAUAGAGCACCUGACUCAGAGGCCAGAAGUGGUGAUGUUCCUAGGAGGAAAAUUAAAAUUUUAUUUCAGAUUUUCUUACAUCCAUAUCAUAUCUAAUAAAUUUCUUGUGUUUUACUUCAGUUAGCUUAGCUAUAUAUUAACUGACUUAAAAUAAUGUGUCAGUAAUUAAAUCAAAAUAAAGUAGAUACAAAAAGUUAAGUUACAGGUU